AAAAGAAAAGCACCACAUAUAGUUGUCAAACAUUGGCAAACACAUAAAAAAUCAGUCUUAUUUUUCAUUCAUUCGGUUUCAAACACACGAAUUUGCCUUGAAAAGGGAGGGUCAGUUUUUGAAAGUGUAUUUAAAGGAUUUUAGAAGAAAAUUGUGAGUGAUGGCUGCUACAGUUAAAAGUGUUGCAAAUAGAUUUUCCAUCUUAUCGAAUUUGAAAAGGCUGACCCCAAGAACGUACUAUACUUACACCAAUGAACCUGCACAACCUAUUAAGGGGAAAGAACCCAAAUGGACCUCCUUAGAAAAUGCAUUUGAAACUUUAAAAUCAGGGGACACCGUUUUUGUACAAGGGGCCGCCGCAACCCCCAUUGAUUUAGUUACUGCAAUGACCGAAUAUGGAAAAUCGAAGAAACUCAAAAAUGUUACGGUGUGUCAUAUGCACACUGAAGGUCCUGCUGCUUACUGCGACCCUUCCUGUGAAGGCAUUUUCAGAUCGUUCUCAUUUUUCAUGGGAGGAAAUGUGAGGAAAGCCGUAGCUGAAGGUAGAGGUGACUGUCUACCAAUUUUCCUCUCGGAAAUUCCACUUUUAUUCUACAAGAAGAUUUUCCAGCCCGAGAUCGCGCUAAUCCAUGUUUCUCCACCUGAUGAUCAUGGUUAUUGCAGUUUGGGCACUAGUGUUGAUUGUGUCAGAGCAGCCAUGACAAACUCCAAGAUGAUAAUCGCUCAGGUAAAUCCGAAAAUGCCUCGAACAUUCGGUGAUGGUAUAAUCCAUAUAAGUCACAUUGACGUUGCUGUGAAAGUCGAUUCUCCUUUACCACAACACGGCGGCCGCCCACCAACUGAAGUUGAAUCGAAAAUCGGCAAUUUGAUUGCUGAGAAUUUGGUCACAGAUGGGGCCACUUUACAAAUGGGUAUUGGUAACAUUCCCGAUGCUGUUCUCGCAGCCCUAACGAACCACAAAGAUCUCGGCAUUCAUUCUGAAAUGUUUGCCGGGGGUGUGGUUGAUCUCGUCGAAAAGGGCUGCGUCACAAAUAAUAAAAAAUCGAUGCAUAAGGGACGCAUUGUCGGAUCGUUCUUGAUCGGCACACAGAAAUUGUACGAUUUCGUCGACAACAACCCCUUCAUAGAAAUGUUGGCCAUUGAUUACGUCAACAAUACAAAGAUUGUUGCGCAACAGCCUAGGAUGACUGCGAUCAAUUCUUGCAUCGAAGUUGAUUUAACAGGACAGAUCGUGUCUGAUUCGAUCGGAAUACGGAUGUAUUCCGGUUUCGGAGGCCAAGUGGAUUUCAUCAGAGGCGCCGCUGAGAGUGUAGACGGUUUGGGGAAACCAAUUAUUGCCUUACCUUCCACGACAAACAAGGGCGAGAGCAAAAUUUCGCCUUUAAUUAAACAAGGUGCCGGUGUGGUGACCACCAGGGCGCACGUCCAUUACGUCGUGACCGAACACGGCAUUGCCUACUUGUUCGGGAAAUCUCUCCGACAGAGGGCGCACGCUCUCAUCAAUAUCGCUCAUCCCAACCACCGGGAGGCCCUCGAAAAAUCCGCCUUCGAGCGCCUCAAAGUAAUGCCCAGCGCUUAAAUAAUUUUUUUUCACAAUUAUUUUUUACCCGCAAAACAAUAAGUUACAAAAGCUAUAAACCAUAAUAAAUUUUUAUUAAAAUCA